CACCUAGUCUAGCCAGAAGCGCAGCGCCCACUGCCCAAGGGAACCCACGCGUAACAGGAGUGACCACCGUGACUGCAGCGGAACCGAUAGUCCCAGCACCGGGGAUCUCCAGCAACCCACCCCCGCCCCGCUCGGCCGCGGCAACCAGGGCCGCCACCCCCUCCAAACCCGAGGACCCCCGCCACCUCUAUGAGAGAAGGCGACGCAGGGCAAAGAAGCAGGACGCCUGGCAGUCGGACUCCCCCGCAAGUGCGCGGCACCCGUUUCGCGUCCGCGCCGCGAUCACCCGGGAAGCCCGAUGCCAGCGCCGCGCGUCGGCUGAGAGGGGACAGGGCGGGUUUCUCCCGUUCGCCCCGGAUCCGGUCUCCGCAGCGGCUGCGCGUCCCAGCCCGGGCUCCGCGGGCCCGGGAGUGAGUCGCCGCGACAGGACGACCAGAGCGGUGGCCCGGGGUUGGCCCGGGCAGAGAAAGGAGGGACGGAGCGUGGGGAGGGCGCAGGGGGCGGGGAGAGGACCCCGGAGGAGAGAGAUGACAAUGUCUCUCAUCCAAGCGUGCCGCAGUCUGGCUCUCUCAACAUGGCUGCUUUCCUUUUGUUUCGUGCAUCUGCUCUGCCUGGACUUCACCGUGGCGGAGAAGGAGGAAUGGUACACCGCCUUCGUGAACAUCACCUAUACGGAGCCCGAGUCCGGGGCCGCGGUAGCGGGCGGUGGUGGCGGCGCCGAGCUGCACACAGAGAAGAGCGAGUGCGGGCGAUACGGCGAGCACUCGCCCAAGCAGGACGCGCGCGGCGAGGUGGUCAUGGCCAGUUCGGCCCACGACCGCCUGGCUUGCGACCCCAACACCAAGUUCGCGGCGCCGGCCCACGGCAAACACUGGAUAGCCCUCAUCCCCAAGGGCAACUGCACCUACAGGGAUAAGAUCCGGAACGCGUUUCUGCAGAACGCCUCCGCCGUGGUCAUCUUCAACGUGGGUUCCAACACCAACGAGACCAUCACCAUGCCCCACGCAGGUGUGGAAGACAUCGUGGCUAUAAUGAUUCCUGAGCCCAAAGGGAAGGAGCUAGUGAGUCUGCUGGAGAGGAACAUCACCGUGACCAUGUACAUCACCAUCGGCACCCGGAACUUGCAAAAAUAUGUGAGCCGCACAUCGGUUGUGUUUGUCUCCAUCUCCUUCAUUGUCCUGAUGAUCAUUUCCCUGGCAUGGCUGGUCUUUUAUUACAUCCAGAGGUUUCGGUAUGCAAAUGCCAGGGACAGGAACCAGCGCCGACUGGGAGAUGCCGCAAAGAAAGCCAUCAGCAAGCUCCAAGUCAGGACCAUCAGGAAGGGUGACAAGGAAACAGAGUCUGAUUUUGAUAACUGUGCAGUCUGCAUAGAAGGAUACAAGCCCAGCGAUGUGGUCAGGAUCCUGCCCUGCCGGCAUCUUUUCCACAAGUCCUGUGUGGACCCCUGGCUUCUAGACCAUCGCACCUGCCCCAUGUGCAAGAUGAACAUUCUUAAGGCCCUAGGGAUCCCGCCCAAUGCUGACUGCAUGGACGACUUGCCCAUUGAUUUCGAGGGCUCUCUAGGAGGCCCACCAACCAAUCAGAUCACAGGAGCCAGUGAUACAACCGUCAACGAAAGCUCAGUCACUCUGGACCCUGCUGUGCGGACAGUGGGAGCCCUGCAGGUGGUCCAGGACCCAGACCCCGCUCCUCAGGAGGGAGAAGCCAUCUUUACAACUAACAGUGACCAAGAGCCAGCAGUGAGCAGUGACUCUGACAUCUCACUAAUUAUGGCCCUGGAAGUGGGGCUGUCUGAUGUAGAACUUUCCACCGACCAAGACUGCGAGGAGGUGAAAUCUUGAGAAGGUAGAAAUGGACAGGAAGAAGACAUAGGAACCAGGGGGACAGGAAGGAAGCAUGCUCCGAGAAUUGAACUGGAUACGCGGCCUUCGGGUCACCAUGGCAACCCCUUCAGGUCACCAUGGCAACCUUGAACUCUGUUCAGGGGCAGUACGAAAGCAAUAUCCAAAGUCUCCGGAGUCAGGACUCGGGUUCCCAUCUCUGUGACAGCCUGUGGCCUUGAUGUGGGAGUUGAAAGCUGGAUCCCUUGGUGUCUGUGCGCACACGGCAAACCGGAAGGAGACCUUCACAGCUUCUUCACUUGAUUUCAGCCUCUCCCGUCUUCUUGCUCUUGUUUGGGAAAGACGGUUUCGGUCCCUCAGCAAUUUCUUUUUAAAGUUGAUGUGUAGUUUCCGAAUCAAUCCCUCUGUUUUCCCUUUGAUUCACCCCAGCCCGUGUACAGAGGUCAGUUUAGAAGUUCUGGUUGCUGCUCUGGUGAUCGGUUUGUACCGUGUCUCUGAGAUUCAUCGUCAUGAGUUAUCAAUGUCACGCGUGUAUGGCUUUGAGGAUUGCCUCAGCACCCUGAAAUGCUGGGAGGCCAGAUCUUAUCCAGGGUCUAACCCCCUCCUCUAAGUGGGCCUUGCAAGCCCAGCCGCCCGACGGCAGCACUAAGUUCUGGAUCUGCUGAGUCGGGUGUUUGUUAUUUCAGCUCUGUCGCGUAGGCUUCUACUUGCCGUGGCCUGUCAGGGCCACCUUGACAGGAGCGAACUGUCAGGGGGGCGUGUGAGUCCUCUGACUUCAGGGUCUUAGACAAAAACUCAGAAGUGCCCACAGGACACCAUGAAAAAGUUCAGAGUAUAUGGAACUAUAAGCCUAGUUUAAAAGAAAAAAAUGAUACCCCAUCUUCCCAGGGUAGGGAAGAUUCCUGACUCCCCCAUUUCCCCCAAGGCCUGAGCAGUUUAUCAUCUUCAUAAGUGAAUUCUGUAGGUGUGAGGUAUAGAAAAGACGCGAUCAGUUUUCUAGGGCACUGGCAUCCAGGCGUAAGCUUGCUUCAGGGACUGUCCUGUUGACCCUCACCAGCCUACACGGAAAUAUCUAAGCAAGUCCUCGACGGUUUGCAUCUUGGGUCUUCCUGAGAACAUCCGGGCAUCGAGAGAAGAAUGAGGCAUGAUCUGAUAAAGUCUGAAUGCCACUGUGCAUCAUGGGAAAUUGCUAAAUCGAGUUUCUUCUGAUGGUGAGAAUCAAAUAAUAUUAAAAGAGAAAAAUAUAACAAAUGACUAUGAAAACCCACUGUACUAUAAAGUGGUUUAUGAUU